AUGUUAUUCUUAAAAAUGAAAGAUGAAAUGAAGUAUUGUAUAAAAAAAAUAAAUGAUGUUGAAACACCUGUUAGUACUAUAUUAACUAAUGACUUUCUACCAGAAUUUAUAAAUAUGGAAUUGUUAAGAAAAAUAGAAAAAAAGGUUAUAUUAAAUUGCCCAUUAUUUGAAGUAUAUAACCAAUUAGAUGUUUUAGAAAAAGCAAAAGAAUUUUUUAAUAAAAAAAGUGAUAAAUCAAAAAAUUAUUUAGAUAAUUUUUGUGAUUUUGAAGGUACCUAUCGAUAUAUGAAUAUUAGAAAUGUUUUAACAAAUAAUUUUUCUAUAAAUAUAAAUAAAUAUAUAACCCUAAAAUAUAACAACUCUACAGUUGUAUUUUCCAUAGAUGAUUUCUUGAAAUGCAUAGAAAUUUUUGAACCUAAUAUUUUUUGCAUUCCUUCAGAAGAAAUAAAAAUAAAUGAAGAUAUAGGAAAAAAAAAAAAAAUAAGAAUAAUAAAUUUAAUGGAUGAAUUUUUAGAAAAAAUAAAAACAAUGAAAGAAAAUUCAUUGCAUAAUUCCUUAUGUAUUCUAUCUAUUCCGUCAACAAUUAAUAUACAUAAUUUAAUUACAGAUAUAUUAAAUAAAUACAAUUGUAUUUUGGAUGGUUAUUUAUUAAGUGGAAUAGGUUAUGAUGAAUCAAAUGAAAUUAGAACCAAAUAUUUAAAAAAUAUUUUAAAUGUAUUACCAGAUGAUAAAUUAAAAUUUAUACAAUUAAGUAUAGGAAAUCCAAUCGAAAUUUUACAUAGUAUUUUUAAUGGGAUUGAUAUUAUAGAAACAAAUUUUCCUUAUUAUUUAGCAAAAAAUGGUAAAGCUAUAAAUAUGAAUAUUAAAAUGAAUGAAUCAAACUAUAAUAGUAAAUUACAUGAUAUUAAUCUUAUUAAUUUUAAAAAUAGUGAAAAUUUUAUUAUAGAUUUAAAUGAUACUAAAUAUAAUUUUGAUUUUUCUACUAUAACAAAUAAUUCACCAAGAAAAGAAACAAAAUCAUAUAUACACCAUUUAUUAAAAUGCCAAGAAUUGACAGCUCAUGUAAUAUUAACAUAUCAUAACCUUUAUAUUUAUAAUUUAUUUUUUAAAGAAAUUCAAACGCAAAUAAAAAAUAAUAAUUUUUUAAAUUACAUUAGUUGGUUUGUAGAAAAUCAUAAUUUAAGUUUAUAA